CAUUUUUUUAAUUUCAUUGUGAAAGUAUCACAUAAUUGAUUUCUUUGAUAUUUUUCGGUUAAAAAUGACAAAAAAAAUGACAAAAACACCGGCAAUCGGAAUUGAUCUUGGUACAACAUAUUCAUGUGUUGGUGUAUUUCAACAUGGUAAAGUCGAAAUUAUUGCUAAUGAACAAGGUAAUCGUGUCACACCAUCGUAUGUUGCAUUUACCGAUACUGAACGGUUGAUUGGUGAUGCUGCCAAAAGCCAAGUUGCUAUGAACCCAACUAACACUGUGUUCGAUGCAAAACGUUUGAUUGGCCGACGAUUUGAUGAUCUGACAGUACAGACAGAUAUGAAACAUUGGCCAUUUACUGUGGUCAAUUAUGGUGGAAAGCCCAAGAUUCAGGUUAAAUAUAAAGAUAAAAGAAAGAAGUUCUUUCCAGAAGAGAUCUCAUCAAUGAUGUUGACCAAGAUGAAGGAAAUCGCCGAAGCUUAUCUAGGAAAGACCGUCACUAAUGCUGUAAUCACAGUUCCGGCAUAUUUCAAUGACUUACAACGUCAGGCCACCCAAGAUGCCGGUACAAUUGCUGGUUUGAAUGUUUUUCGUGUCAUUAGUGAGCCAACGGCUGCCGCAAUUGCUUAUGGUCUACACAAGAAAGUCAAAAAAGAACAAAAAGUAUUGAUUUUUGAUCUUGGUGGUGGUACGUUCGAUGUGUCCAUCUUGAUCAUCAAGAACGGUAUUUUCGAAGUGAAAUCAACUGCUGGUGAUACCCAUUUAGGUGGAGAAGAUUUCGAUAACCGAAUGGUCGAUCACUUUGUUGAGGAAUUCAAACGAAAACACAAAAAGGAUUUGACCAGCAAUAAACGUGCACUUCGUCGCCUCAAAACAGCUUGCGAACGAGCCAAACGAACUUUGUCUUCUUCAACACAUGCCUCAAUCGAAAUUGAUUCAUUGUUCGAAAGCAUUGAUUUCUGUUCGACCAUCACCCGUUCUCGCUUCCAAGAAUUGUGUGCGGAUUUAUUCCUUUCGACAUUGGACACAGUGGAGAAAUCGCUUCGCGAUGCCAAAUUGGAUAAAUCGCAAAUUAAUGAAAUCGUAUUGGUUGGCGGCGCCACUCGUAUUCCUAAAAUUCAAAAAUUGUUGCAAGACUUUUUCAACGGUAAAGAACUGAACAAAUCAAUCAAUCUCGAUGAAGCUGUAGCUUAUGGAGCAGCUGUUCAGGCAGCCAUCCUUAAUGGUGAUCAAUCGAAAAAUGUUAAAGGUCUUUCGCUUCUCGACGUUGCUCCUUUGUCAUUGGGUAUUGACACAAAAGGUGGUAUCAUGUCAACAAUAAUCGAACGUAACACUGCUAUUCCGACUAAACGAACAAAAAGAUCUUAUACCGUUGGAGAUGAUCAGUCUAGGGUACCGAUUCGGGUCUAUGAAGGCGAACGUCCCAUGACCAUAGAUAAUAAUUUAUUGGGCGAAUUUACUUUGGCUGGUAUUCCACCGGCUCCACGUAAAGUUGAAAAAUUUGAUGUUACAUUUGAUAUUGAUGCAAAUGGUAUUUUAAAUGUAUCGGCAAUAAAUCCAAGUACAGGCAGACAAAGUGCAAUUACAAUUACAAACAAUAUAGGUCGCUUAUCACAAAACAAUAUCAAUCGUAUGAUCAAUGAAGCUAAAUUUUAUAAACAAGAAGAUGAUAAGAAACGUGAACGUAUUGCAGCCAAGAAUUCAUUGAAAGAUUAUCUCUACAAAUUGAAAAAGGAAGCAUUUGAAUCUAUGAUUCCGGAACAUCGUAAAAAAAUUAUGAAAAAAAUUAAUGAAGUAUGUAAAUGGUUGGACGCUAAUGCUUUGGCUGAAAAAGAUGAAUUGCAUUGCAAACUUAAAGUUUUGGAAGAUGAAUACAAUUUAAUCAUUAAUAAUCAAGAAAGUGAACAAUCUUUAAUGAAUCAACAAGCUUUAACUGAUGAUGAAUCAAGUGGAUAACAAUAUUCUUUGGUUUUAUUCAUUGUAUUAGCAUUUUAUUAUUGGAAUCAAAUAGCGGAACAGAAUAUACCACGACAAAGUGAGGAUUUUUGAAAAAUCAUUGGAUAACCAAAUGGACAUUGCCAUGAUGUUUUUAAUUUAUUAGCUAUAAUAAUUGCCACAUUCAUUUGGUUAAUCAUACGAAAAUUAACAGCAAAAUAAAUUUCGAUUUAAAUGUUGUUUUUCUCUCAAUUUCUUGAUUUGAAUCAUGUUUAAAUAAAAUUGUUUCAUGAGCUAUUCAUAUAGAUAAUAACAUUUCUUACCAUCCUGUUUAUACAUAUCAGCCGAAAAAAAUUAAAAUUUUUUG